AUGGCCUUGUACACCACCCCAGAAUUCACACGCUACGCCGCUGUCCACCAAAAUCUCAACGGCGAAGGCGACGCCCGUCCCACAGCCCUUCAAAUCAUCAAAGACAACGGCCUCGAGGGCAAGCUGACCGAUAAGAACAUCUUAAUAACAGGCUGCUCCUCAGGCCUAGGCGUCGAAACAGCUCGAGCUCUCGCUGCUACAGGCGCCCACAUCUUCUGCACUGCACGCUCCCUCGAAAAGGGCCAAGCAGCACUCGCCGAUAUCCUGUCACCCGGGAAAGUUGACCUACUGCAUCUCGAUCUCGAAAGCCUAGCUUCCGUCCGCACAUUCGCUGCCGAGUUCCUCGCAGCCAGCCAUGGUAAACUUGACAUCUUGAUCAACAACGCAGGCGUCAUGGCAAUACCCCAAUCGACAACCGCCGAUGGUUUCGAGACGCAAUUCGGCGUGAACCACCUCGCCCACUUUCUGCUGUUCCAGCUGCUCAAACCAGCCCUCGUCGCUUCUAGCACGCCUACUUCCGCCUCGCGCGUCGUCGCCGUGUCAUCGCUGGGCCACCGCUACUUCGCGCCCACGCUGUCAGAUAUGCAGCUGCGAGAACCCGGUGCGUAUGACCCUAAUCGGGCAUAUGCGCACUCCAAAACAGCAAAUAUCUGGUUCGCAAACUACAUUGAUAGACACUAUGGCUCCUCCACGACACAUCCUAUCCACGCCUUGUCCCUCCAUCCAGGUGGUAUAUGGACUGGCCUGCAAGACCACUUACCUGGAAUGGACGCCAUGAAAGAAAUCCCCGCAGUGCAGAGGUACAUGAAGAGCCCUGCGCAAGGAGCCGCGACGACUGUUUGGGCAGCGGUAGGAGAGUGCUGGGAAGGCAAGGGGGGUGUUUAUCUAGACGAUUGUCAGGUUUGUCCGCCGGUGCCACAGCCGAGUUAUGGAUUGGUAGAUCGGGGAUAUGAGAAGUGGGCGUAUGACGUCGAGAGCGAGGAGAAAUUGUGGGAGACGAGUAAUGAGCUGGUCGGAUUCCAAGAGGCGUAG